ACCACUGCGGCGGGACGCGCCGGUACUAGGCGACUCUUAUUCACUUGCGUUGCGGCAGUUCACUCGACUGGAACGCCGCCUGCUUGCUGACCCUACACUACAGGAAAACUAUGUGAAGUUUAUGCGUGAGUAUGCUGCGCUGGGGCAUAUGGAGCCUGUGCAAGCACCAUAUUCUCAUGACGGGUGCUACUACAUCCCUCAUCCUGCGGUUGUUGGAAAGUUUCGAGUCGUGUUCAACGCGUCAGCGCAAACGAGUACUGGCGUUUCCCUCAAUGACAUUCAGCUGGUGGGCCCAACCAUUCAGGACUCACUUGUAAACAUACUGUUACGAUUUCGCAGAUACCGAGUGGCGAUUACCGCUGACAUUGAGAAGAUGUUUGGGCAGGUGCUGGUUACCUCCGAACAUCAGGAUCUCCAGAGGAUCAUAUGGCGAGAGUCACCGGCAGACAAUAUCGGUGUUUAUCGUUUGAAGACAGUCACUUAUGGGAUGGCGAGCAGCCCUUACAACGCCGUACGUGCCCUUCAACAGUGUGCGGUCGACAACUGCAGUGUAAGUCGAGACGAGGAUCAGGCGGCUCUUGCUCGAGAUGCAAUCUUGACGUCGUUCUAUGUUGAUGACUUUUUGACAAGCUGUGCGAAUGCCAGUGAAGGAAUAGAACUGGCGAGGAGUGUAGAUGCUAUUCUAUCUGCGGGAAAGUUUAGGCUGAGCAAAUGGAACUCAAACGAUAAUCAGGUAACGAUGUGUUUGUCGAGUAACGCCUCUAUUUCCAGUUAUACAUUCAACUCCGGCGAGACUUCGGUCCUGGGCCUUAAAUGGGAUUCGGUGACUGAUGAGUUGUUCUAUCGCGUUGAGAUUGAGCCGACAAUAGAUGUUCCUACCAAGAGAAGCGUGCUUAGGGAAGUCACUCGACUCUUCGAUCCUACUGGUUUGCUAUCCCCCGUAGUAAUAACGGGGAAGGUUUUCAUUCAGAAGAUGUGGUCUGUGGGGUUGUCUUGGGACACUCCAUUACCCGACGACCUUCGUGAGGAAUGGCUGAGGUAUCGUUCCAAGCUUAAGGCUCUGAAUCAAGUUCGAAUCGAGCGGUGGUUGGGUAUGGUGCGACAUGGCCGGACCACGUUACAUGGGUUCUGCGAUGCCAGCUCAUAUGCAUACGCGGCCAUGAUCUACAUUAGGACAAUAGACGAUUCCCACGCAAAGCAGCUCUCGCUCCUUACUGCACGCAGGAAAGUGGCUCCAUUCAAAGGCUCAACCAUACCAUGA